AUGAAGGAGGAGAUUUCUCUUUCUGAUUUUGCAAUUCAAUGGUUACAACAAGGCUUAAUGAUCUCGCCUCAACGACGGGCAGGUGAAGAAGAGGUAUUUGUGCAUCAUCAUCACCAACAACCUUCUCAUCAUCAUCAUGAUGAUGAAAAUUUGUCUCAUUCUCAUUAUUACUUGAGCAUUUUAGAACAACUACCGCUACGGAUCAUUCUCAAAUUUUGCAAAUAUUUAUCGGCUUUUGAAUUGGAGGAAUUAUUAUCACGUAACAAUACGCAGAGAGGGAGUUGCUCUUUCUUCACGGGAAAAUCUCGCCAAUUUGAAAUAAUUAUUGAUGAAUGCUUUGAGAGGCUUUUCCGAAAAAGAUUUGAAGAGGAUGAACGCUCCACGAUGGCUUUUAAAUUACAAACAAAACAGGAUCAGUUAUUAUUGGCUGCUUCCAAUGCUGAAGACAAACCGCACCGGACGGAAACAAUGAAUUUCAUUCAAUUGUAUUUUCAAAAUUACUUACAUCAAUGUGUGAAUAGUGUAUUGGAAAAGAAGCAAAUAUAUGAAUUUGUGAGUUCGGACUCUCAAAUUAUGGAUGAAACAUUGGAACCCAUUGAAAAUAAUGAGCGUCAGUGCGCUGAAGUCAAAGAAUUUUUAACUAGCCACGAAAAUUUUGAGCAACAAGAUAUUGCUUCCAAAGAAAAAUCCUUCUUGUAUUUGAAAAUCCCAAACCAAGUCACAGAAGCGUUUUUCGAGCGAGUACAUUGUUGCAAGAAUGGCCAUUCUUUGAAAGUUCAACCAUCCAACAACUUGAAUAGUUUAUUCAGCCAUUUGCAUCGAUACGGAAAAUAUGUGCGAUCAUUGUCAAUAUCAAAGAGCCUUUUGAAAUAUUUAAGAGAAUAUGAACAAUUGCAACUAUUUAUGCAGUGCUUUGAGAGAAUUGAAGAAUUAACAUUUCGUGACAUGAGAGAAGAAGACGCUCAACCUAUAUGCUUAAUUCUUCAAAGGUUUACUUCUCUUCAAGAGGUAUCCUUUUAUCAUUCGUUCUUUUCUGAAUAUUCUUUGAACGCUAUUCUGAAUUUAAUAUUUUCAGAGCUUGAAAACAAAAGAAUGGAACAGAAAGUAUCAAUUUCUCAUUGCUUUAGUGACAGCAUUGUUCAAAAAUUCAAUACUGAUGCUCACGCACACAACAAUUCUACAAUCAUGCAAGAUUGUGAAGACGAAUUAGACCUCUACGGCGAUUUAUUUGAACCAACAUCGUUAGAGGAAAAUUUCAAAAAGCGACCUCUUUCUUCAGUUAUAAUGGACGUAGAGCAAAGCAGUAGUACUGAAGAAUCUUCAAACAAGAAAACCAAAACAGUGAGUAAUUUACAUAUGAGACUCACACAUAUUACUUUCAGGAGCGUCUCCUUUUUUCAAAGCUCCUCAGAAUUACUUGGACAAUUGCUCUCCACUCACAUCAACAGCUCGUUAGAUUCACACUUGCAAGAAAAUAUGCUCACAUUGAAUUUUUCAUUCAAUGAGCUAAGCAGCCCUAUGGCAAAAUCUCUUCUCAUUUCACAAAACUUCCACUUUGUGAACUUGACAACACUCAUUCUUACUGAAAAUAACGUGGAUAAUGAUUUUGUAAUUUACCUGUCUGAACAAAAACCAUUACUUAAGACAUUGAAAAAGUUAGAUUUAAGCAACAAUCAUAUUGUUGGGGUGAACGGGGUAAAUGCCUUGUUCGAAGCAUUGCAACAAGAACAAUCAUGUCUCGAAUUUGUAAACUUGUCGCAUAACAGACUAGGAGGUACAAGUCUGUUCAAUGACGACUAUCAUGCCAUUGGAAAUUGUGAAAUUGAAUCGCUUAACGUAUAUAUAUCAUCCUUUGUGGAUGCUCGCCUGAAAACCCUACUUCUCAGCGAUUGCGAUUUGACACCAUCCAUGCUCCAAUCCUUACUGCUUGCCAUGACUCACAACAAGUCCAUUACUACACUUGACAUUUCGAACAAUGCCAUGAAAACCAAUGCUCUAGCGAUCAUGCUAUCUCAUAACACGACUCUGAGAAACUUGUCUUUAUCAUGUUGUGCUUUGGAAGAAAUUUCCGAGUCUCUUCUCAAGUCGUUACUUAAUAACGAGUCAUUGAACUAUUUAGAUCUGAGUGGAAAUCGAUUGAAAGAGGCUGGAGGAUUAUCACUUGUAACAUACCUGAAACAAAAAUUGGAUCAAUGCAUUAGAGACAAGAAGAUUCUUGAAUGGAACACCCUUGAUUUAUCAACGAAUCGAUUUGGAGAACAAUUUUGUCGGCAUCUCACUGCAAUCUUUCAGGUAAACCAUUCUCAACAAGUGGACGCUUUGCAUAUUGACACGUUAUUGUUAGAAAAUAAUUUCUUUUCACAAGAGGCAACCCAAAAGUUGAAAAAAGAGGCCCUGCAAAGCGGAAUGGUAGCAAAAAUCGCUCUUACCAAUGAAGAUGGAAAAGCACAAGUGUAUGUUCAACCUUGUGACGGAACUACCUUGACAUGA